ACACGGCUUUUCCAAGGCGUGCCCAUGACUUUUUUCUGUUGUAUUUUUCUGAGAAUUGAAGUAGAAAAUGCUGCCCUGACUCAUCCAAAUCAAAAUUGUUCAGAUAAGCAAAUUCACUUAAUCGUAGUUAUCUUGACUAUAACUUCUAGCAGUGUUGAUAUGGACUAGAAGAGCAAGAUGAGGUGCAGAUAUUACUUUUCUCUUCUUCUUUUGUUCUCUGUAAUGAAUUUUUCAUCUGUGAUAUCCAGUUCCAGAUGGUAUAACUGCAAUAAUGAUUCAACUUACACCGAUUGAAGUACAAAUUCUGCUAAUCUGAAACAAGUCAUGACCGAUCUGUUUAAAAAUACACCUCAAAGUUCAGGGUUUAACACUUCGUCCUUUGGUCAAACACCCAACAAGAUCUAUGGCCUUCUGCAGUGUAUUGGAAACGUAUCAGCAGAGAAAUGCUCAGAUUGUGCACAACAAGCAAAUAAUUCUCUUCAUGAAGUUUGUGCCAACAGCAUAGGUGCCCUGAUAGUCAUGGAUGAUUGUUUUCUGCGCUAUGACAACUCUAAUUUCAUUUCAAUACUAGAUAUCAACCAAUUUAUUUCUCUGUCUAACGUUAAUAGCAUCUCAGGCAACAUGGAUGAUUUCAAGGCCACAACCUCUAGUCUCCUCUACAAAUUGUCUAAUCUAGCUUACAACCCUGCAAAUAAGCGAUUCUCUAUAGGAUCGGCCAGCUAUUCCCCAUCCCAUAAUGUAUACGGGCUCGUUCAAUGUUGGAGAGAUUUAUCCAUCAAUGUUUGCAGAAAAUGCUUGUUUACAGCAAGGAAUACUGUGGAGAAUUGUUGUUCUGCGAAAGAGGGAGCUCAGGCCAUCUCACCAAGCUGUACGGUCAGUUUUGAGAUAUACCAAUUUUUCGACACUAUACAGUCAUCAUCCCCACUUCCUUCCCCAGAAGGUUCAUCUGCGCAGAUCCAAUCAAAGAGUAAGCACAAUCACUUCUUUUGA